GGUGGUGGCCACGGAGGCGGUCACGGAGGCGGCGGUGGAGGCCACGGAGGUGGAGGCGGCGGUCACGGAGGCGGCGGUGGAGGCCACGGAGGUGGAGGUGGUGGAGACCACGGCGGCCACUGGGAAAAGGGCGGGGGCAAGAAGCACCACUCCGACCACCACGAGAGCGCCGGCCACAAGGGCGACAAGGGCUACAAGGGCCACCACUCGUACGAGAAGGGUGCCAAGGGCGAGCACGACAAGGAAGGCCACAAGGGUCACUACGCCGACCACGGCGGCAAGAAGAAGAGCCACCACGAGGACGGCGGACACUACGGCGAGCACCACCACGGCGAGAAGGGCGAGAAGGGAGCCAAGUACGGCGAGGGUGGCAAGCACUCCAAGGGCCACAGCACCAAGGGAGGACAUUCGGUGCACAAGAAGGACGAGUACGAGAAGAAGCACGAGUUCUACGACGAGCACCACGAGGGUGGCGAGCACGAGAAGGGCGGCGAGUUCCACGCCCACCACGAGGCCAAGGGCGGCGGCCACAAGAAGGGCGGCCACCACCACGGCGAGCACCACGAGGCGCACCACGGCAAGAAGGGCCACCACGAAAAGGGCGGCCACCACGACGACCACAAGGGCCACAAGUCCGCCGGCGGCCACGAGGAGCACCACGAGCACAAGGACGACUACGGCAAGAAGGGAGGACACGACGAGGGCAAGCACUGGGGCUACAGCUCCGGAGACGGCGGCGGCGGCGGCGGUGGAGGAGGAGGUCACGGAGGCGGUCACGGAGGCGGCGGCGGAGGCCACGGAGGUGGUGGUGGCGGUCACGGCGGCGGUGGCCACGGAGGCGGAGGCGGCGGAGGUCAUCACCGAUAGGAACGCGUCCUGCAGCGCAGCACCGAAGGUUCUUUUUGAAGCCUUCACGUCUGUGAUGCCGCCGUACGGUGGCCUAUCGACUACGACUUGUGCGAUUACGCGCGCUGAUCGUCUCGUGUACAAGGUCUGCCCCUCUGACACGUCCUACCUGUGUACUGUGUCCUAGUCUUUCCUUACGCGGUACCGCAAAAAUUCGGCCUGAUGUAUUCUCUACAUCUCAGUAGACUCGCAACUAAUCUGUGAUAAUAUCCAACUAGAUCUGUCUUUCCCAAUACCGUUUAGCUGACUGUCACAUUUUCCAGUCAGACAAAAAUAAUUCUCUUUUUCUCUUCCUAAUAUGACGAUAAAGCCCACAAAUUUUUUCGCUGAAUAUGUCGUAGUACAGUAAAUCGGACGUUACAUAAACGGUAUUAUCUAAAAAGUCAUAUUCCUAGCCUGAUGUAGCGAUGUCUCUCACACUUUCUUCAUGCAGUAUGAAUAAUUACGAAAAGCUACAGUAGCUGACAAUGUAUCAACUUAUUCGACGAACUCGCUUCAUUUAUACUCAUAUACUGACUGACGUUCGUUGCAUCAUGCAUCUCGGUCGUUCCCUGUUACAUAAUAUAAUCCUGUUGCUUGUGAAAUACGUCACACUAGUUACAUAAAUUUCCCUUUUUCCCUUACUACUGAGCAGUCAGUAGUUGCUCAUAA